CUUUUUCCCAUCAAAACAUUUAUUUUUACUCUGUUUCAGUCUAAAGCAGAGUGAAAUUUCAAAUUUGCACUGUUUUAGAGUUGGAAUGUAAGAUGAACUUCGCAUUUCACGCCACAUUUCACUCUAAUUACAUUUGGUACACUCUGCAUUUCAUUUUAAACGCCGUUUCAGGUUAGAAUUUGAUAGUCUUGUCCAUCCUUUAUAUAGUUAAAAAAGGCCACAAGAAAUCAAACUAAAACUAGCAAUAGUCCAUCACUAUUCACUAUUCAUUAACAAUAUGUAUCAAAGGAUAAUGUACUUGAAAGCAUUAGUGUUGUGCCUUUCGACAUGUAUUGCUUCCGCCGCCCCAUCAAAAUCCGUACGUUUCCAGGUCACGGGAAACGUUUAUCCUCAAGGGUUAUAUACCGUAAAAUUAAGCCUUGGCAAAGACAAGAAACCCUACUUUCUUGAUAUAGACACCGGCAGUGAUCUUACGUGGGUUCAGUGUGACGUUCCAAACGCGAAAAACCAUCGUGCCCCUAGCGCUCCUUACAAGCCUAAGCAAAUAAUCCGGGCAGCAAAUGCAAUGUGUAAAGCCGUUGAAUUGAUUUCCGUGAUAAAGAACUCUCCGAACGCAAAGCGGUGCGAUUACUCGAUUAAGUAUGUGGACAAGUCCUCGACCCUUGGCUUGCUCGUUGCCGACAUGGUCAAUCUUCAGUUCACCAAUGGCACCACCACGUCCCUCCCGUUUGCCUUCGGAUGCGGUUAUAACCAGCAGCCAGGGUCGAAUCCGCCACCAAACGCUGACGGGAUCCUCGGCCUCGGCAAAGGCAAGACCGGCAUUUUAACCCAACUGGGAAAACUUGGCGUCACACGAAACAUCGUGGGCCACUGUUUUAGUAGUAUUAAUGGUGGUGGCUACCUUUCGUUGGGAGAGCUUCCUUCUACUCAGGGGGUCGUAUGGGUGCCUGUAUCGACCAAUUCAGGCAACUACGAUUUGGGAAAGGCAGGAUUAAUGCAGGUUGGUGGACAACCUUCUAAUGAUAUGAAUGGCCUUGACAUAGUUUUUGACAGUGGAAGUACUUUCACUUACUUGACUUCUAAACCCUACAAAGCUCUUGUUUCUCUGGUAAAACCAACCUUAGCUCCGGUAAAGGAUGCAGCCCUUCCGGUUUGCUGGAAAUCAUCAACGGGUAAACCCUUCAAAUCUGUAACGGAGGCGGCUGCCAACUUUAAACCUUUGAUUUUAAGCUUCCCGAACAACGUUAAGUUUCAAAUGGAUCCAUCGUCUUACCUUAUUGUCACCACAAGUGGAAACGUGUGCUUAGGCAUCUUGAAUGGAGCUGAAAUCGGUUUAACAAAUCAGAAUGUGAUUGGAGACAUUUCAUUUCUGGAUAAACUGGUGAUCUACGAUAACGAGAAUGGGAAGGUUGGAUGGGCUAAUGCAAAGUGCACAUCUUAAACUUUGUUUUUUUUUUUUUCUUUUUU